AUGUCACACAAAGAAGGCGACAUCUACACGUACGACUUCACUGAUGGAGAUCAUCCAUCGCAGCUCCUGGACGCCCUCCGGCACUUCUACGUCAGCGGCCUCUUCACGGACGUCUCCCUGCGGUGCGGUGGCUCCGGGGCGCAGGUGUUCCACUGCCACAAGGCGAUGCUGUCGGCCCGCAGCUCCUACUUUAAGGUGAUGUUCACGGCUGACAUGAGGGAGAGGUCCGACAGCAGCAUCACCCUGACCGGGGUGCGAGCCGAGGUCCUGGGCGCCCUGGUGAACUACGUGUACACGGCUCAGGUGCGCAUCACCGAGAGCAACGUGCAGAGCCUGCUGGAGGCCGCCGACCUCCUGCAGUUCCUCCCUGUCAAACAAGCGUGCGAGGAGUUCCUCAUUCGCCUCCUGGACGUGGACAACUGCCUGGGGAUGCACGCCUUUGCACAGCUGCACCUGUGUCCUACCCUGGAGAGGGAGGCCAGGAGAGUGAGGCUGAGCAGGUUCUCAGAGCUCCUGCUGCAGGAGGAGUUCCUGGAGCUGGACCAUGAGAGGAUGAGGGCGGUGGUGGCCGCACAGAGCCUCACCGUGCAGAGGGAUGAGGUCCUGAUAGAUGCUGUGGUCAAGUGGGUGGCCCAUGAUUUGGAUAACCGCCUUCACCAUACUGUGGACCUGCUGCACUCCAUCCAACUUGACCUGGAUGAGGUUUAUUUCAAAGCGUCCAUAGAGGGUCACAGGCAGGGCUUGCUGAGCAGUGAUGGGAAACUCAAAUCUAUGAUAACUCAGGCAUUGAGGUCCAAUAAUGGCAAGGAAUUGUGUGCAAGUAAAAAAAUGUCUUCCAGCAUGUAUAUCAUCGGUGGAUACUACUGGCACCCGAUGUGUGAGGUCCACUUCUGGGAUCCUGUCAGUGACACAUGGGUGCAAGGGAAAUCAAUGCCUGACCAUGAAAGAGAGAGUUACAGCAUCAGCUCACUGGGAGCAAAUAUAUAUGUGACGGGAGGUUACAGGACAAACACGGUUGAGGCCCUGGACGCUGUCUCGAUUUAUAACUGUGACUAUGACGAAUGGACCGAGGGCUGCUCCAUGAUCACAGCGAGGUACUACCACUGCUCCGUGGCGUUGCAUGGCUGUAUAUACGCCAUCGGAGGCUACAGAGGAGGAGCUCCAGAGCGAGAGAUGGAAUUUUAUGAUCCUUUGAAAAAGAAAUGGUUUCCAGUGGCCAAAAUGAUCCAAGGUGUUGGAAAUGCUACUGCCUGUGUAAUGGAAGACAACAUCUACGUUACCGGAGGCCACUAUGGCUACAGAGGAAGCUGCACCUAUGAAAAAAUCCAGGUCUACAAGCCAGAGGUCAACGAGUGGAGCAUCAUUACAAUAAGUCCCCAUCCAGAAUACGGGCUGUGCUCUGUGCCUCUCAACAACAAGCUGUAUUUGGUGGGCGGACAGACUACGAUCGCCGACUGCUACGACCCCGAGAAAGACGAGUGGAGGUCAAUAUCAGUGAUGAAGGAGAGGAGGAUGGAGUGCGGGGCCGUAGUAAUAAAUGGAUGUAUUUAUGUAACAGGGGGAUACUCCUACUCAAAGGGGACUUAUCUGCAGAGCAUCGAGAAGUACGACCCUGAGCUGGACACAUGGGAGAUGGUGGGGACUCUUCCUAGCCCGGCCAGAUCCCAUGGAUGUGUGGGUGUUCACAGCGUGUAA